AUGGAAUCGGAAGGUGUUAGGGUUCGAUUGGUAUUCGAAGAUCGGCACGUUCUGAGCAAGGCUCAGAGAUUGGAGGGACUGAAGCGAAGCUGGCUUCUUCUCAAACCCCAACAUCAGGCCAUAGCUGACGUUUCCACUUAUCUCAUCCACAUCUUCGACCUCUACCACUCUUGCCCUAAUGGCAUCCUCCUCUCUAUGGAUGGCUUUGUCUUGCCUCCUUUUGAGUCAACUAGCAUUUUAAAAAAUGAAGAUGUCAUCAGUGUGAAGAAGAAAGGAAUCCCAUUGUUGGAUAUUGUCAAGGUAGGUGGUGCAGAUAACGCAGUUGAGGCAGUAGAAAUUGUGGAGAAGCAACCUGUACAUACCGGAGUUCCGCUUUUAGCAAAUGAAAAGUUUGAGAAGGAAACCAGAGGCUAUCCAAGUGAAACCGAAGAGAAUGAAGACGACCAGUUGGAGGAUGCAUUGAAUGUGGGAACUUCCUCUGGUGGAAAUGCAGCUUCCAAGAAAAGAAAAGCAUCUGAAAAACUCAAAAGCCCAAAGAGGAAGAAACAAUGCACAGUUGUCCCUGAAGAUGUUGAUACUAAUGGUCACACAGAGCAGAUCGAGAAAGAUGGAGAUCUCAGUAGGAAGAAUCUUCGCAAGAAGGAGAAAGUAUCUAAUAAUAAGAGUACACAAAAGAUAUCAGGUCCUUCAGAAUGUUCUGAACGGAGUAAUGACAAUGUUGAGGCUACACCCAGCGUGAAGAGAAAUGAGCUUCAAGAGAGUGGUGAAGAGAGUGAGGAUGUAUCCCCUGUGCCUGAGGGAACUAAAAAGGUCCCCAGUAGAAGUGCUCGGCGAAAGAAGGCUAAGAGACAAUGGCUGAGGGAAAUGGCUAAAAUUGGAAAGAAAGAGGUGGUUUUCCAUCCAAAGGGACUUGAAAAGAAAGAGCUACAUUGGAAGCAGAAACGAGCAAAAGCUGACAAGAAAGAGGAAGUUUGCCAAUCAAAAGGACUUCUACAUUGGAAGCAGAAACCAGCAAAAGCUGAAAAGAAAGAUGAAGCUAGCCAAUCAAAAGGACUUCUACACUGGAAGCAAGCACCUGAAAAAGAUUUGCAUAGCAAUAUGACACAGCAUGAACGACCAAUGCCAAAAAAUGAUGCAGAGGACAACAUCGUUCCAAUUGUAAUAAGGCCAGGACACAUUCGCUUUGAGCCUCUGGAAGAUGAACAUGCUGUCAAGCAAACCCAAGUGUCAGUGAUCUGGCCAUAUGGGUCGAAGUACCCCAAAAUAGCUGUAUGCGAGCUUGAAACUUUUUUGCCAUUUUUACUAGAAGACUUGGCAUUAGUAGAUGCGAUCAGUAGUGGUGUUACAAGCAAUUCUGUGUGCAAAAAUACGCAUUUAGACCAACAGAUAGUGGUGCAGCCUCCUCUGGCCUUCCUUCACCUUGUUUUGAUUGCUCCCUUCUCUGUUGCUGCAUUAAAUGAAACUUUCCAGUGGAAUGGAAUCACCAGCAAGAAGAAGGGCCAAAAAUGGGGUACAGAAAAGAUUUCCUAUUCUCGAAGGGAUGAGUAUAAGGAUUUGGACAAUGAAUAUUCAGAAGAGUUGAUUACUGAAAAAGAGAUACCUCUACACUGGAAGCAAGCACCUGAAAAAGAUUUGCAUAGCAAUAUGACACAGCAUGAACGACCAAUGCCAAAAAAUGAUGCAGAGGACAACAUCGUUCCAAUUGUAAUAAGGCCAGGACACAUUCGCUUUGAGCCUCUGGAAGAUGAACAUGCUGUCAAGCAAACCCAAGUGUCAGUGGAAACUUUCCAGUGGAAUGGAAUCACCAGCAAGAAGAAGGGCCAAAAAUGGGGUACCGAAAAGAUUUCCUAUUCUAGAAGGGAUGAGUAUAAGGAUUUGGACAAUGAAUAUUCAGAAGAGUUGAUUACUGAGAAAGAGAUACCUGUAAAUGAUGCCAUCGACUUUGAUAAACUUCCACCCCUUCCUAGCUGGCCUAAGGAAGGCGAUGUGAUUGCAUAUCGUCUGCUUGAGUUGUCGUCGACCUGGACCCCUGAGCUUUCUUCCUUUCGAGUUGGAAAAAUAUCGUGGUAUAAUUCUGAAUCAAGUAGAACUAUGCUGAUGCCUGCCCCAGAAUAUCCAAUUUUUUCUGGGAAGUCAGAUGAAGACGCAACUGUUCUGCAACAAGAUAACUCACUCUAUAAAGAAGAUGGAUCCUUGGAGAUAGAUUUUUCAUCACUAGUUGAUGUCCGUAUUGUCAAGCAAGGCAACUCAGAUCUUGCAAAAGCAGCCACUGGUAGGGCUAAUGAAGGUCCUUCAGGCAACACAAAAGUUAUAGCAAGUGCGGUGCCUAGCAAUAAUGAUGAACAAACACAUGCCAUGACCCCAGUAAACGGACAAGUAAACAUAUGGGAUCAAUUCAGUGAGGCUCUAAAUGCCAAGAAGACACAACUAUCUCAGGAGAAUGGUUGGACCAAGGAGAGUUCUGCAAGGAGUGCUUGGUCAUCUAGAGCCUUGAGAGGCAGUGCACUAGGCCCAACAAUGUCUCUUCUAAGAUCGAAAAAUGAGAUCUGA